GUCAUACUACUUUAUAAUCUUUCUUCAACAAUGCUGCUGCCAGGGAGUGUAACCGAUAAAUUCCACGGGACAUUUCCGCAAAUUUUGGCAGCAGUGUCAGGAACAAUUUCUGCCAUAUCCGAUGGCAUGCAAUAUGGCUGGACGUCCCCAACAAUUCCAGUUCUUCUCUCUGAGGACACUCCUCUGAAGGUAACACCUGAGCAGGCUGAAUGGCUAGAGUCUGUUCUUAUGAUCGGAGCGUGCUGUGGUCUGCCAGCUACAAUGUACUUAGUAGAUAAAGUAGGCAGAAAAAAAUCUCUUAUUACGUCAAUUACUGUGACUGCAUUGGCUUGGAUUGUGAUGGCAACAGCACCUAAAAUUGAAUAUAUUUAUGCUGCCAGGUUUUGUGCUGGAAUGGCUGGUGAUAUGGCAUUCGUUGCAGCUCCCAUGUAUAUUGCCGAAAUUGCUGAUCAAAAGAUUAGAGGAUUUUUGGCAAGUCUUAUAUAUAUCAUGAUGUUGACAGGAAUACUGAUUGUCUACUGCGUUGGACCAUUCGUACCAAUAUGGGUUCCAUGCUUAUUAGGAGUCUUAAUAAAUCUUAUCGGAUUAACCAUUUUCCUAUUUCAGCCAGAAUCUCCAUAUUAUCUUUUAUACAAAAAUAAAUAUGAAGAAGCUAAGCAGUCGCUUAGAAAACUUCGAAAAAGAGACGAUAUUGAAGAUGAAUUGCGAGAUAUAACUGUAGCCAUUGAACGGCAAAAAAAUGAAAAAGGUAGAUUUCAAGAUUUAAUUUUAAUACCCAGCAAUAGAAAAGCAUUAAUUAUAAUGGUAAUGCUAAAUAGUUCUCAACACGCGAGUAGUAUCAGCGUAAUGUUAAUGAAUCUUCAAUCGAUUUUGGAAGAAGCAGGUUCUACGUACAUUCCAGCAUAUACAGGAGCUAUACUUUUUUCUGCAACUAUGUUUAUAGCAGCAAUGUCCGCUUCGUUAGCUAUUGAUAAUUUUGGUAGAAGAAUGUUACUUUGUAUCUCUGGUGUAAUGGCUGGCAUUACUCUUAUAAUUAUAGGAAUCUACUUCACACUUAAGAAUUCUGGGGUAGAUACUAAAUCCUUUAGUUGGUUACCGCUCGCAAUGGUACUAGUUUACGCAGCAUCUUUUAAAUUUGGUAUAGGCUUAGUUCCCGUAGUUAUGACAGCUGAACUAUUUCCGGCUAAAGUUAAAGCAUUUGGAAUGACGUUAUCUGAUCUUAGCUACGUAGGAUUUUGCGUCAUUAGUCUUCAAAUUUAUCAUGGUUUAAGGCACGCGUUUGGUAUACAUGUACCAUUUUUCAUAUUUGCUUGUUCCUGUUUUUGUACAGUAAUUUUUACUUUAUGUUAUAUACCAGAGACUAAGGGAAAAACUUUGGAAGAAAUUCAAAUGAUAUUAAAAGGCGAGGUUGUAUUAAAUACUUCAAUACCUAUUGAAAAUUUAAAACAACAAAAAUGUGAUAAACAGUCUUAUAAUAACAAAGGUUUUAUACCAUAAUACUGUACUUACUUUGUACUGCAUUUUUUUAUGUACUACAACUAUUAUUAUAACGUAUUUCCAU